CUUUCCUUAGAGCAAAUCUGCCUCGUCGGUGUUGUAGGGGCAAGUUUAGCUAACCUUCGCAAUCCAGCUAGCGUCACACAUGACAGCGCAAUUUUUGGGCACGUGGUUCCCUUAAGGAAUCUGAGAUUAAUUGUAUUAAUUGAGUCAAGACAUGUCGUCAGACAAAACAUUGGUAGCCUUUUAGAUGGUUCAGUUUUAAGGCUGGCAGAUUAGCUAGCUAGCUAGCCACUUUGCUAGCUCUGAACUACAUAGACAAACAUUAGCUUUUAUGUUUAAGGCGUAAAGCAACUGACUACCUCGAUAUAUAGCUUUUGAUUUCGUAAAUUCGCAUUCUUAAGGGAUCAGUUCUCAGUUUGACUGGCAAGCGAGAUAGCAACUUACAUUUUCUAAAUAACUUAGAAAGCACGAUCUGUUUCUGCCAAGCCUGAGGAGGAUGAACUGGAUUUUCCCUUUGUCAAAGGGCUCUGGACCAAUCCCACCUCUCAAUAGUUUACAACAACAGAGACAGAGGCAAAUCGAGUCACUUAAAACUGCCCAUGCAAAUAUCGCAGAGAUCCAAAAAGAUGUGGAAUACAGAAUUCCUUUUACAGUCAACAACUCGACCAUCAGCGUCAACAUAUUGCUUCCACCCCAGUUCCCUCAAGAGAAGCCAGUGGUCAGUGUCUACCCACCUGUGGGUCAUCACUUAGUAGAGAGCAACAAUGGCACAGUCAUCACCAGCCCACUUCUCACCAACUUCGGGAUGCACUCUGACUUGGGGAAGGUUAUCCAAAGCAUCUUGGACGAGUUCUGGAAAAGCCCACCCGUUCUCAUGACUGGCACCACAGGCUUUCCUUUCAUGUACAAGCCCUCUGGGAUGUCCCCAUACCCACCCCAGAGUUUCCACUUCGUCCCGGCCUUCCCCCCACAGGAAAGCCAGCGCCCCAUGGGCCCUGCCUCCAUGCCACACGCCGGGACGGAGGCACACGCUGCACCCCGCCCAGCCGCACCCGCCUACGGCCUCAUAACAGACCUGCCACUGCCCGUGCCCACCACUGACUCACAGGUUGGGGUGAACGGUCACAUGUACAAGAUGCCGGAGAUCCCAGAAUCGUUUGCAGAACUGGCAGAGAUAAGUUUGUCUCAGCUGAAGGACAUGAGCGACAAAGAGGAUGUCCUUCUGGAGUUCUUUGUGUCUCUACCCCAGCUCAAACAGGUCACCAGUGAUAAGGAGGAGCUGGUCAACAAUAUUGUGGCAGUGGCCAAGAAGAACCUACAGCUCGAGCCCCAGCUGGAGGGAAAGAGACAAGAAAUGCUGUUUAAGUAUGAACAACUCACCCAGAUGAAAUCCAAUUUUGAAACCAAGAUGCAAAGACAGCAUGAGCUGAGUGAGAGCUGCAGCCUGAGUGCCCUGCAAGCGAGACUGAAGGUGGCGGCCCAUCAGGCCGAGGAGGAGUCUGAGGAGACGGCCGAGAGCUUCCUGGAGGGCAAGACCGAGAUUGACGACUUUCUGACCAACUUCAUGGAGAAAAGAACGCUGUGCCACUGCAGACGAGCCAAAGAGGAGAAGCUGCAGCAGUCCAUCAGCACCCAUGGGCCCUACUCCACCACCCACUAGCACCAAGCUGCCAGGGUGCUUUUCUAUUACAGAUACACAGAGGUUUGGAUAUGCUCCACCAGCAGAAGGGUACAACAGAUCAAGAUAAGAAGCACAUCUGUCACUAGGCAGAGAAGAAAGUCCUUGUGGUGAAUAACCCCUCAGAACUAGGCAGACAUUUAUGAACUGAUAUUGGCAUACAAUUUGUAAUGAUGUUAUUGAUUGAUAAGUUUGUUUGGGGGAGUGAGGUCCAUUUACUUGAAUCGGAUAUGGUAAUGUUGCCGAGUACUUACAGACUUAAUGACAAAUACUGUAUUUAAAUAAUGUUGAUAAUAGACUUUAUUAUAAUCAAAGACACUGUGUAUUAUAUGUUGUUAUUUAAUUUGUUAGGUUAAUUAAAAACAUUUAGAAAA